AUGUCACAAUCGAUGCGUGUUUGUGUGAUUGGGGCCGGCCCUGCCGGCAUGUCGACACUUUACCACUUUGCGAAACUUCCAAAAAUGCAGGAAGUUGUCUGUUACGAGAAGCAGGACACGUGGGGAGGGCUAUGGAACUUCACUUGGCGAACAGGUGUUGAUCAAUACGGAGAGCCGUGUCACAGUGGAAUGUACAAACGUUUACUGACAAACGGGCCAAAGGAAUGCUUGGAGUUUACUGAUUACACAUUCAAUGAGCAUUUUGGAAAAGACAUUGGGACUUCUUUUCCACGAAGGGAGGUGGUGCUUGACUUUAUGGCAGGCCGCUGGACGAACAAGGCUGGUCGCGAUCUUAAACGGCUUAUCAAAUUUAGCACAGUUGUUCGCAGUGUUGUCUACACAGAGAAAACGGAAUCAUUUACGGUUAUCGUCAACGAUUUGAAAACGGGUACCAUCAGCUCGGAACAGUUCACCCAUGUCGUGAUAGCGGGUGGCAUAUUCAACCAGCCAAAUGCUCCUGCAUUUCCGGGCAUAGAAUGCUUCGAUGGUCGGGUGGUACAUUCCCAUGACUUUAAGGAUGGACUCGAGUUCAAAAACCAGGAUGUUUUGCUCAUUGGGAGCAGUUUUUCUGCGGAGGAUAUUGCUCUGCACAUAAUGUCAAGUGGCGGGAAGAGCGUCAUUGUAUCGUGGCAAACAAAUGCUCCAAAUCAUAACUGGCCGAACGGGAUAACAGAAAAAUGCAGCGUGAGAAACUUUAAAGGGCAAACUGUUCAGUUUACGGAUGGUUCAUCUGCUGCUGUUGACUCCAUUAUUCUUUGUACGGGCUACAAAGCUCUUUUUCCAUUUCUGGAGGGUCGUUUACGCAUUGAAGAAAAAACGUCUUUUUAUCAGAGCCAGCUGUACAAAGGAAGCCUUUUUAUACCAUUAGCUCAAAGCAAAUUGUUCUUUAUUGGUGCCCAAGAACAGUUGUUCACCGUUACGUUGAUCGACUGCAUAGCAGCAUGGACAGCAAGGUUUAUCAUGGGGUUAUUACCUAAUGAACCAAAGACAACCAAAGAAAUGCAGAAUUACGGCGACUAUUGGCAUGGCAGAGCUAAACAGUUGAAAAGCAUUCCAGAAAUUGCUGCGUUCCAAGCCUCGCUAAUUGAAAACCUUGCUGGAGAUACAAAGUAUGGGAUGGAAUACGUUCAAGCUGUCUCAUUGUUUGUUGAAUGGGACAAGGAUCGCAAAGCCGCAAUUGCUCAUUUCAGAGAACACAAAUUUGCUUCGUUUUUAAGCAAAUAA